UUCAUUGACAGCCAUUACCCAUUCACGACACAGGUUUAAAACCAAUGCAGAGUAAAUAUGUAUAUUGUUUAACGUCCAGCUUGAGAAUUUUUUACUCAUAUGGAGAACGCAGGGUAAAUAAAAAUGUCCACUUGCUCGUCUCCACCUUCCAUUUCUAACGGGUAUUAUGUGAUACCGAAGGGAACCUAUGUGGAUGGCGAUCAGAUAUCGUACUAUUGUAAGAUGGGGUACGAAUUAGAUGGAUCCGCCACGCGAUCCUGUGAUGGGUCGACCGGAUCCUGGAGCGGAUCCGCCCCAACGUGCACCGAGGUGACGACGACAACAACGACCACAACAACAACCACGGCAGCGUCCAUAUCCCAGUUAACAGCUGCUGGUCUUGUCCUGAUUCCGUGUAUGCUUCUCCUUCUCUUCGUGAUCAGCAUAGGUGUACUAUACUGCAUACUGGUACUGCAUUGUCACAAAGGCUGCAAAAAGAAAAGCGUUUGGAUUGACGGCGAGGAUCACGUACAUUAUGGGUGUUGGUAUGCAUGUUGUUCGGGUUGUUGUGAGUACAUUUCGGAUGUCUUAACCUGUCAGAUAUGUAAGAAAGUCCGCCCUAUGCACAAUUACAACGGAGGCUUUCAGAACUUUAAUGGCGAUAUCUGGAACUCGGGGUAUGGCAGGAGAUCGUCUCUUUCUUCACAAUAUUUUACAAGUUCUGUCUGGAAUUCUCCCAGAAAUUCAAAAGAUUCCAGGAGAUCGUCUCCUUCUUCACAAUAUUUUAACAGCUCUGUCUGGAAUUCUCCGAGAGACUCAAGAAAUGGAUUCUGGAAACCAAAUUUGGAAUCCCUACCCGAGUCGUCUAGCACACCCACAACAACAACAACACAUCUCUGAUCUGUGUCGUAAAUGUUAGAACUCAAGGAACGAUAACUCGUGCAUCUGUUCGUCUUUGGACUGGAAUUUCUAAUAUUGAUUUGUUUUGUAUAUUGUUGGUAGAAUUCGAGGAACGAUAACUCGUGCAUCUGUUCGUCUUCGGACUGGAAUUUCUAACAUCAAUUUAUUUUGUAAAUUGUGGUUAGAAUUCAAGGAACAGUAACUCGUGGAUACGUUGGAAUUUCUAACAUUGAUUUGUUUGCAUAUUGUGUUGCGUCCCAUUCAAUGAUAUGUACUUGAAUGUAUGUAGAGAUAUCACUGGCUGUACCUCACGAUUCACACAUUUUGACCUUUGACCUAAAUAUGGCGUUCAGGGCCACAGUAGUGAGGUUUUUAUUCGUUCCAACAUCCCCUGCAACACGGGACCUCUACAUCAUAGGUCAGAUUCGUGAAGAAAUGCAGACACUGGACCUCCAUUUCAUAGGUCAGAGCCGUGAAUAAAUGCAGAGAUAUUCUUUCAACAGGAAAAGAAGAGCGACAUACACAGAGUUACAAACAUAUCGUGUACCUAAACAUCCAUACACUCUAUCGUGUUUAUCAUAGAUAUCAUCAAUUGAAAAUAAAAUUUAUUUUUGCCAUUUAU